AUGAAGCAGCUCAACCUUCUUAUGGCUCCAUUGGUGAUUCCGUCUUCUCCGCUCCGACUCCAUCCUCCGUCUGCUUCAAGCCGAGUCUGUUCCCUGUCUCUGUCGUCGCAACUUCGUCCUCCGCCGCGACUCUGUCCAUCAUCUCUGCGGCGUCUCCGUUCAUUGUCUCCACCUCCGUCUCCGCCAUCGCGACGAUUCAGUCCCCUGUCUCCUCCAUUGCAAUUCCAUCCUCCUCCCGGUCCGCAGCCUCGUUCGUCUCCUCUUGUUUCGCUUGAAGCUCGCUCUCCGCCAGAACCACCAGAUCCUCCCGACCCACCCUUCGAUCUCGUGCACCUUUUGUUUUUGAACACAGCCUUUUCUCAACAGUUUUCAGAAACUCUUAACUGGAAAUCUCCUUUGUUGAAUCUGACGCUUGUGGUCAGUGAUGAUGUCGUUUCUCUUUGCUGGUGCGCUGACUGGUUUCCCCACCGUUUCUUUCCCAGCAAGUUCAGAUAUCCUCCUCUCCCGCUCAUUAAUCUUGUCGUGCUAUGGCAGCUUAAUGGACUGAUGCGUCACACAUCCAUUCAUCAUGUGAAUUGGGUCUUGUUGAAUGUUUACUGUCCGGUUUACUCCGUUAUGGAGUUUGUUCUAUUCCCAAUUUCAUCAUCUACUUUAUGUGGUUUUGGUGCAGGGAAUGUAUUGUUGAAGAUUAGAGAUACUUCUAAUAUUGAAGUUCUAAUCAAAGGCUUUUUAGCCAUGUUGAAGAUUGUUGAUUGUGCACUUGUUGCUGCUUCAGUCUCGGAAUUUACAUCACUGAUUGUGGUCUUUAAUUUCCAAGGUGUCAUCCCACUUUACAGCUCGAUGCUGGUUGUUUAG